GUCGAGAUGUCUUUGGACGACCAAAACUACAAACAGUUUUCUCUAGAAUUACCGGAUCCAUGGCUGAUAUACUGCAUAGUUCAGUUCAUCAUGGUGACUUUUCUGGAUGGAAGAACAUAAACAGACUGCUCCUCAUGUACAUCUAUAUUGUAUUCAAAAGUAUCUUGCCUUUUUACAGCACCUUUCCGAGCCACCAUUGCUAUCAGAAUCAUGACUUUCUUGGUCUCUCCAUGUAUACCCUAGCCAAUAUUCAAGCUCGCGUUGUCAACAUCUAGCAUCGAAACAAGAUCUCUAGAACAAGUUUGCAAC